AUUCAUUUGGACGAUGGCAUAGACCAUGUGAUAUUGUUUCACUAACCACUCCAUCGACAAAUGACAAUGCUGAUGAUGACGACGACAACAAUGAUGCCCAUUUGAAUCAUCAAACUAAUAAUAAACUAUGUUUAUUUGCUUGGUCUAAACCAAUGUAUGCUCGUUUAAUUCAUGAAUUCAAUUAUCAACAAUGGAAUAACAAGAAUAAUAAUAAUAAUCAUGAUGAUGAUGAUUUUACAUUCUCACCAAUGUAUCAUGUUAUGGCAUACAGUUUAACUUAUUUGAAUGCACGUUAUUCUAGUGGGGCGACCAAUCAUAGAAUAUCUUCAUAUUCAACUAUGCCAUCUUUUCUAUUGGAUGAUCCAUUUACAACAACAUGCUCAUCCUCAUCCUCUUCUUCAUUGUCAUCCGUUGUACAUUAUCAUUGUCAUGAAGGUACUGCACAUGGACUAUUGCUUGAUUUAUUCAAUAUACCGGUUAUUGAUCAUGUCAGUGAAUUAUUUAUCAAACAUCAUCAACAUCAACUCCAUCCUCAUCCACAUGACACAAAUUCAUUUAUGAUACCAUGUCGUGCAUUAGAUGUAUUUUUCAAAAGUUUCAUACGUUUAAUACAUUUAUGGUUGUGUUGUUCAACCAAUCAAUCAACUCUGUCAAAAUCAGUUCAUUCUGCCGAAAAUUCAAUCGAUGAUCAUCUAAUCAAUCAAAUAUUGGCAUCAAAAGAGGUGGAUGCUUUUUUGGUUGAUCAUUUAAAACUUUCUUUAUCAUUUAAUAAAAAUUCAAUAUUCAAUGCCAAAAUCUCAUCCACCACUGCUAAUUAUUCUAUUGGUGGUACAAAUGAUUUAUCGAAACAUUUGAUUGGUUGUUUAAUGCAUGGAAAAUUAUACUUAGAUAGUACAUUAGGUGUCACUGUAUUUGCUAAUCUAUCACAAAUUGCAUCCAAUCAAAAUGCUGCUACACCAUUACAUCACCUUCUGAUGGGUUGCAUCAAUGAUCCAUUAUUGCGGUUGACAUCAUCACCUUAUUCGGAUGCUUUGCAAUAUUCCAUGGAGAAAUCGUUAUUAGCACAAAUUAUUGAUUUUAUUUGUCCAUAUGGACAACAACCAAUAAAAGUGAAUUUAAUGUAA